AUGUUCGAUACGGCAGCAACCGCCUUCUCUUAUCAUGGUUCGAAUGCUCAGAAUUCCAAAGGCUUUUUUAGCAACAUAACCAUUCCAUCUGCUCUUACUACUCAAUUUUUAUCAUCUUCUUUAGUUAGGUUUCCUCUGAGUGGUUAUUUUAGUCAACGAGAAAACACAUCACAAAAUAUUUCUUCCCCAGAUACAACCAAUUUGAUCUCUCCUACUGUACCUCAACAACCAACUCAUAAUACUACUUCUCGACAAGAAACUAAUCAAAAUCAACAUCCUUUGCAAAAAAAUUCUCUUUCAUUGACCAUCUCCACCUCAGAAGUUGAUAAUGUGGGUAAUCUUAUUACUACCAGAGAAAAUCCAUCUAUUCCCGUAAUUACAACGAAUAAUAAUAAUCGUCGUAAUUCCAUGGCUAAUGUACCCGCCUCUUCAUCAUCUGCCGUAACACAUCCUCAUAGAAGAAAGAAAUCUUCUAAUAAAUUAAAUAGAAAGAAAAUUGACCAAUCCAUUGCUUUCUCUGCUUUUGCUGUCGAAGAAGAUCAUCAAGGAAACCCUGAUUGCGCAUUGGACCUUUACUUUCUCGGAUUAGAACAUAUGUUCGAUGCUCUUCCAAUUCAUGCUGAUCAAUCACGAAAAGAUGCCUUAGUAACUAAAUUACGUGAUUUUAUGGAUCGUGCAGGUUUAACUGAUGAAUUUAUCGAAUCUAUUAAUUCAUCGAAUAGACAAAUUUCUUCCUCUACCUCGGAAAGUAAUAAAUCUGAAGGUCCUGGAAUAUCUCAACAUAUAAUUCAAGCUGCAAUUACAAGUGCUAUAGCAAUUAAACAAUCUCCUAUUCCAGAUGCUAUAUCAGCUACUAUUAAUUAUACAAUGAAUAAAAUUAAAACUAUUGAUGAAACUUAUGGAUUACAAGAUAAAGCCUGGGAAAUUUCUCGAACUGGAAUUAAUUUGGCUUUAGAAAUUGAUCAACAAUAUAAUGUUCAUGAAAAAGUUGGAAAUGCUUUAUUCAUAGGAUUAGCUGCUGCUAUGAAAGCUGGAAUCGCUUAUAAAGAUUCUCCUUCAUAUCGUGAUUUGAAAAAAAUGCAAGUAAAUUAUGAUAUUAUUGGUGAUGAUAUUACUCUUGAUAUUACUGAUGAUUGUUGA